AUGCAGGUUAAGACUACAAAUCCAAAGAAGUACUGUGUGAGACCUAAUGUCGGUAUAUUAAAGCCAAAAUCAACAUUUGAUUUCACAGUUACCAUGCAAGCACAGAAAUCAGCUCCCCCUGAGAUGCAAUGCAAAGAUAAAUUCUUGAUUCAGAGCACGGCGGUACCGCUUGAACAUUGUACCUGGCAUGUUCGUAAAGAGAGUGAAAAAUAUAUUGAAGAGGUCAAGCUCAGAGUUAGUCUUAGUAUUGCACCCGAUUAUCCAGAAAAGCCACUAGCGAAUGUAGUUUUGAAUCAAGAAUCAUCUUUCAAGUCUUCUAGACCAAAAGAAGUCAAUGCACCUGUUUUGCUGCCUGUUAUUGGAGCUACUAAGCAAGAGCCAUCCUAUGAGUCUGUCAUCCCGAAAGAGAAAUUGCACAACGGAGUUGAAAAUCUCCCUCAUAAUGACAUGGUAACUAUGAAACUGGAGUCGAUCAUAAGUGUAAAAAAUGUGGAAGAGUUCGGAUUGGUUAUGAUUAUGGAUGAUAUGAAGACAGCUCUCCCCAAGGAUGAGAAGUUUUACCUAGUCAAGGUCAAGGAUGAGGUGAAGCCGGUGAAAGAUUUAGACGAGACAAACUUAAAGCUUAUGAAAGAUAUUGAAGAAUUGAAAUCAAAGAUUAGCGCGAUGGACUCUGAGCUAGUUAAGGCAAAGUACAUGAUUGAGAAGUUGAACGAGGAAAAGAAGGCUCAAACUGAGAAAAAAUGGUUUUUUCGAUGA